UGACCGAGCUACUUCACAAUCAAUCACACGUUGAUUGUUUUUAAGAUAUCAGCCUCACUUCACGUGGUUUUGCCUGCCCUCACCGUAAAAGAGCCUGGCAACACUCCGUCGAAAGUUGGGAAAAGCGACCGUUGUGUUUCGAGCCUCCAUCCCGACUCGUCGCGCGCCCUUCAUCCAUCUCCAUCUUGGCCAUUCAACGCAUCACUCUAGAUCCUCGCAAGAUCUAGAGCGCCCCUCCCUCACCCCUCAUGCGCUCACUCCUCUCCGCCCUCCCCUCUCUGAGGAGGCAACUCGCGCGCGGCCUUGCGACUGCCGCCGAGGCCCCCGCUUCGUCUUCAACCUCGUCCUCCACCCCUUCCCCCGCCGCCGAACCAGAAGCUCCAUGGACGCCGUUCACGCAGCGCACUGGCGUUAUCGCGCGCAAGCGUGGCAUGACCUCGCUUUGGGACAAGGACGGCAAGCGCUGGCCUGUGACCGUCCUCCAGCUCGACAACUGCGAGGUCAUCCGCCACACCGAGCCACCCGCAAAUGACCCCAAGCAGCUGCAUUCCCUCCAGCUGGGCUCGACAGACAGGCGCGAGAAGAACAUUAACAACGCCAUGAAGGGCUAUUUCCGCGCCCACGGUGUUAACCCGAAGCGCAAGCUCAUGGAGUUCCGCGUCAGCAAGGAAGCAGUGUUGCCCGUCGGGACAAAGCUCGGCGCGUCACACUUUGUGCCAGGCCAGUAUGUGGACGUAACGGCUACUAGCAUCGGCAAGGGCUUCCAGGGUGCUAUGAAGCGCCAUGGCUUCCACGGUCUUAAGGCCUCGCACGGUGUGUCCGUCACCCACCGUUCCGCUGGCUCCACGGGUUCCAACCAGGACCCCGGCCGCGUUCUCCCCGGCAAGAAGAUGGCCGGACACAUGGGCAACGUCAAGCGCACGACCCAGAAUCUGCUGGUGCACCGCGUCGACCUGGCGCUCAACCUGGUGUUUGUGCGCGGCGCUGUGCCCGGUGUUGACGACGCAUUUGUGGCCGUUCGCGACGCCAAGAAAAAGGUUGCGUACAAGGCCCAGAACAACCUCAUGUCCGGCAAGCCUGCCGACGAGUGGCUUCCUGAGGGGGUCAAGGCCCUGCCAAUGCCUGCGGGCACUAUCGAGAAGCAGAGCCAGGAGGGGUGGCCCGAGAUCAUUCAGUGGCAGGGCAAGGCGUAAGGUAGCGUAGACAUGCAUCUCACUUCAUUC